GGAGCGGGGAGCUGUCAGUCGGCGGCCGAGCGAGCCCCGCUCCCCCGGCUGCUCCCGAGGGCUGAGUCUGGAGCCGCGGCCGGUUGCGAUGGGAAGCGGCGUCGGAGGGAACAAAGUUUUCCACGCUCUGGCACUGGGCUGCCGGCGUCCGUGAUGCCCGGGGCGGGAGGCGGUGCCUGAAGGCAGCGGGCAGCCGGGCGGCUGGCACGCCUCGCUGUCUGCUGUCGGCACUGCCAUCGCAAAGUUUCAGCUAUUCUAAUGUACUCAACCCCGGGAUUCUAAUUGUCAGCCCUCCCCGCCCCCACCUCUCCUUCUAGGAUUUUUUGGAGCUAUAUGGAGGGAUCUCAGGAUGGUGUGCACCAGGAAAACCAAAACUUUAGUGUCCACUUGCGUGAUUUUGAGUGGAAUGACUAACAUCGUCUGCCUGCUGUACGUGGGCUGGGUCACCAACUACAUUGCCAGUGUUUAUGUGAAAGUGCAGGAGCCGAUCUCAGAAAAAAAGUUAGAGGAAGACAAAGGGGACACUUUAAGGAUUAUAGAAAGGCUGGACCAUUUGGAAAAUGUCAUCAAGCAGCACAUCCAAGAAGCUCCACCAAAACUGGAAGACAAUCCUGCUGAGGCGUUCACCGACUCCUCUCUCUUUGCUCACUGGGGCCAGGAUCUCAGUCCCGAGAACAGACGUAUCGCACUGAAGCAAUUCCAGUAUUACGGAUACAACGCGUACCUGAGUGACCGCCUGCCCCUGGACAGGGCCCUACCUGACCUCCGACCCAACGGGUGCAGAAACCUUACAUUUCCUGACAGUCUUCCUGAGGUCAGCAUUGUGUUCAUAUUUGUUAAUGAAGCUCUCUCAGUGAUCCUGCGCUCCAUCCACUCAGCCAUUGACCGGACCCCUGCUCACCUGCUCAAGGAGAUCAUUUUAGUUGAUGAUAACAGUAACAACGAAGAACUCAAGGAGAAGCUGCAGAAGUAUGUUGAUGAAGUGAAUGCCCACAAGCCUGGCUUCAUCAAGGUUGUUCGACACACCAAGCAAGAGGGGCUGAUCCGGUCCCGAGUGAGCGGGUGGAGAGCAGCCACAGCACCAGUCGUCGCUCUCUUUGAUGCCCAUGUGGAAUUCAAUGUGGGAUGGGCUGAACCAGUGCUCACUAGGAUAAAAGAAAACAGAAAAAGAGUAAUUUCUCCAUCAUUUGAUAACAUUAAGUAUGAUAAUUUUGAAAUAGAGGAGUAUCCCCUCUCAGCACAGGGGUUUGACUGGGAGCUGUGGUGCCGAUAUCUGAACCCUCCGAAGUCGUGGUGGAAACUGGAGAACACAACUGCUCCAAUAAGAAGUCCUGCAUUGAUUGGAUGCUUCAUAGUAGACAGAGAAUACUUCCAAGAGAUUGGACUACUGGAUGAAGGCAUGGAAGUAUAUGGAGGAGAGAAUGUGGAGCUGGGAAUCAGGGUAUGGCAGUGUGGUGGAAGUGUUGAGGUUCUGCCUUGCUCCAGGAUUGCCCACAUUGAAAGAGCACAUAAACCAUACACAGAAGAUCUGACUGCUCACGUCCGGAGGAACGCACUGAGGGUGGCUGAAGUCUGGAUGGAUGAAUUUAAGAGCCAUGUCUACAUGGCUUGGAACAUACCCCAGGAGGACUCUGGAAUUGAUAUUGGUGAUAUUUCUGAGAGGAAGGCCCUAAGGAAAAAGCUCCAGUGCAAGACCUUUAGGUGGUAUCUCGUCAGCGUGUAUCCAGAAAUGAGAAUGUAUUCAGAUACUGUCGCCUAUGGGGUGCUGCAGAAUUCCCUGAAAAGUGAUUUGUGCCUUGAUCAAGGGCCAGACACAGAGAAUAUCCCAAUCAUGUAUAUCUGCCAUGGGAUGACACCACAGAAUGUUUAUUACACAAGCAGUCAGCAGCUCCACGUGGGUGUUCUGAGUCCCACUAUCGACGAUGAUGACAACAGAUGCCUGGUGGAUGUGAACAGCAGGCCCAGGCUCAUCGAAUGCAAUUAUGCCAAAGCCAAGAGAAUGAAGCUUUACUGGCAAUUUACUCAGGGAGGCCCUAUCCAGAACCGAAAAUCCAAGCGCUGCCUGGAAUUGCAGGAAAACAACGAAAAUGAAUUUGGAUUUCAACUGGUCCUUCAGAAAUGCACUGGACAGCGCUGGUCUAUAACAAAUGUCCUGAGAAGCUUGUCAUCAUAGCAGACUAAAUUUUGUACCCAUUUCUUUUGCUACUGUGUAGCAAAUAUUGCAUUGUCGCCUGCUGUACUGUAUUCCUCUUGCUCCCCAUCCCCCCAGUUCCUUCUCUCCUCUUUUUUGUCUCUUUGAUUUUAUUUGGUGAGUGUGUGGGAAUUGGGUUUGUGGGUUGAAAAUAAGACGUUUUUAUUUCACAAUGAUGUUUUCACGGCAUUUAUAGAGACGCUGAAUGACAGGUGACGGGUAGGCUAUCCUAAAAUAUUUUACAACUGUAAAUAGGAAACAAAUGGAGAAUAUUUAUAACUCAAACUUUUAUUGAAUAAAAAAGUCCAAACACUAUUGCUGUC